UGAUGUGAGGCUGGAGUAAUGUAAUCACUAUCAAAUUCAUAGGCAUAGCGGGUAUUAAUAUUGUCUUGUGUAUUUCACCUACAUCCUUUCAUUAGUUUUAGUUAUUUUUUCCAUAUCCAUAGUGUGAGUAUCGACUGCUCUGUCAUGUAUUGCUCUAGCCUGGCUGCAGUACCUUCAAGUCAGCAGCGGGAGUUUCCAGAUCAGAGAUGCCGUCUAACGUGGAGAUCAAGGCGAGGGUGAGCAAUGCGACACGAUUGGCGGAGAGAGCCAGCCAGCUAAGCCAAUCAGAGGGAACAGUAAUCCGCCAGCAGGACACGUUCUUCAACUGCAGCACCGGACGGCUUAAACUACGUAACCUGAUGGAUGGGAGUGGUCAGCUGAUCUUCUAUGAGAGACCAGAUUGUGACGGGCCCAAGGUGUCCAACUACUCUCUCUCUACUACACAGGACCCAGAGGGGCUCAGAACUGUGCUGGCUGAUUCUCUAGGGGUUAAGGGUGAGGUGAGGAAGGAGAGGAGGCUGUUCCUGGUUGGUCAGACGAGGGUUCACUUGGACUCAGUGGAGGGCCUGGGACACUACAUGGAGCUAGAGGUGGUGUUGAGGGAGGACCAGAGGCCUGAGGAGGGGGAGGCGAUUGCUCGCAGCCUGAUGAAGGAGCUCGGUGUUGGGGAUGACAGCCUGGUGACUGGGGCCUACGUGGACCUCUUGCUGGAAGGCCAGGGAUAGCAACACACAGUAUAUGAAUCCUCCAAUGCAGGACUAAAACAUUCCCAUCAUGUGAAAGCAACUGGAAAACGCUUUUGGUAAUAAAAAAUAAAAUAGCAAA